UCCCAGUAUUGUAGAUAGGAAACAGGCUAGUACACCAGUAAACGCAGGGCGGUGGCCUUGAAUAGCGACCUCCGUCUGUCAUAUGAUAUCUAUAUCAGUUUCAUAUGACACCAAAUCAUCUGACCUAUUACCUCAAACAAGUGUGUGUUGGCUAGAUGUACACUACCUAGUUCGCCUUCUCCAUCGUGGUCAGGACAAGACAAGACACUGGUGGCACAGUAACGGGACUUCGCUAUUACACGUACAUAAGAUCGUAGAGUAUCUACACCUGCGCGAAACAUGUACCUCGUCAUCACAAACUACACCACGGAACAUUCGUCAAAGGAUGUUUGAAGCAACAAGGACAUUGUUUUAACAUUAUUCAAUUCAUAAAUAUCCUUUUUGAGCGCUACAUACAUGUACAUGCAACAACUGAAUUGAAGCUAAACUUACCGGAAGUGACGUGACCGCGCGCAUGGCUAUAACACGGAAGUGAUUUUAUGCACGUUCCGAGGGUUGGUGUGAACCGGAUGCACAAGAUGGCGUUGUCACAAAGUAUAUCCGGGUCGCUGUAUUCGAAGCUUGGUCUGAUUGUUUUGGGCAUCGGAAUUGUAUUUCACAUAACUGGGUUCAGCGUCCCUGAAUGGGUUAAAUGGGAAACAGCUGUGGGGCCAGUGAAUUCAGGAUUAUGGAAAGUCUGUGGACAAGAAAUUAUGGGAUGUGUAUACAUUUCUGGUCAAUCAGACUGGUUCCGUGCAGUGCAGGCACUGGAGACGGUGGGUCUGGUAUUCGAGGUGGUCGCCCUGUUCUGCGUGGGGUGGUACAUGUACCGAGGGACAAAGAGAGCAGCCUUCUCCUGUGCGGCAACUAGCUUCACGUCAGGACUAUCCACAAUUAUUGGACUCAUAAUAUUUUGGGCGAGGCAUAGUCAGGAAGAGGACCUUAACUGGGGAUUUGCUUUCGAAGUGAUCGGUGCUCUUAACUGCAUAUGUGCUGGGGCGUUGUUCGCCUAUGAGGGCAAAACACGGACUGGUUACGUCAGUCUCGGAUAACAAGGCCGAAUUCCAUUGGACAAAACCAUGGUCUGGGUUUGUCAGACAGAGAGUUAUGAGUAACGAGACUGAGUGUUUCAAGAACCGUUCAUUUACAUUUUACAAUUAUCUCAUCAAUCCAACAAUAAAUAAAUAACCACACAAAAUUGAAGGAUUCCACCCCGUGGCAACUAAAUUGCACUCAACAUUUCGGAGCACUGUCUACCCGACCACACUGGGAUAAGAUGAACAUACGUUUAAGAUUUUAUUUAAGACAUUCUCUUCAGUGAUGUCAAAAGAGAGGGUAAGUGAGUUUGGUUUAACGCCGCUUUGAACAGUAUUACAGUAACUAUUAAGUUUGAUUAAAAUUCUGAUCUAAUAUUGUCCAUUUCAACCUCAACCGUGCUACUGAUUAAGGAAGCAAUCUUCUCUGACAAUAUUUCUAAUCGCAUUUCUAAGCUGUCCAUCCGAUGGACGAAAGACUGAUUCAAACUCGAGAUCUUGGAUUUCACAGUGUCAAACAUGCGACGCAUAAAAUCGAGAAGUUUGUCAUCUCUUCUCACCUUUUUAUGUGAAUCAUUGAGACCUUGUUCUGUGAGAGGUCUCUUUCUUGAGUGUCCAUCGCUAGAUCUCAUCGUGCUGAGGGAGACGACUUGUGUUGUCUGGGUGGGUCAUAUUUUUAAUCUCCGCCAUUACGUUCUUCACGAAAGAUUGACUUUCGUUCAUCUGCAGGGCCAUGUGGCAGAGCCGAUCGUGCAGGAAAGGAGAACAAAACGUUGUGUGAGCCUUAAGGUUGUUAAAGUAAAGGAUCGCGAGGUAAAUCGGGUUAAAACAGUAUUGAUAUACUAAAAUCGGAAUGUUUUACCCGUAGCAGCGUCAUAUAAAAUGCACAUGAAUGUGUGUGCCACUGUACCAAAUUAAUUAAAAAUCAUGAACAUAUUCUUUAUCAUUAUGCUAUUUAGACCCGACAUUUUUACCAGCUCACACAUAGUUAAUAAAUCACUAGACUGGAAGUAAUCAAUUAUUUUUUUCCAAAAUUAUUACAUCUAUUUAUGAUUAAUGUCAUUGUGUAAUAAGAAAACAAAUGCCAAAUAAAUAGCUUUUCAUAUAAAUAAAAUCCAUAUCCAAUUGAUAAGAGUUCUCCUUCUCCCAAACUGUGUUCCAUCACCUGUAAGUUACACACGAAUAAGUUUUGUUUGUAAAAUGUU